AUGCCCUAUCCAGCGACGCCGUUCCGUCACCCCCGUAACGCGUCGGCGCGCCGCAACGCCGGCCCCCAGUUCGCCUCCACACCUCGAUUCCUGUUGUCGCAGAAUGCGACGCAGGCAGAUGACGACCAUGAUGUGAUAGAUGAUGCAGAUUCAAGAUUGACGCGCCCAGCUACCCACACCCCUGUCCCUACUGCUGCUACCCGCGCGCGCCGGCGCGACGCGAUCGAUGACUUUGACAAUGCUGAUGACAUGAAUGAUGGUUUUGUCCGAAUGAGAGAUAAAAAUGGGCUACCAGGUGACGCUAUUGAGAGCAGUCCUCCAGAACAAGCUGAGGGCACUGGUGUUCUUGAUGCAGACUUCGAUGCCCUCUUUGCGCCUACGCGGGAGGGACACAAACGGCGCCGGAUGGAUAGAGGUACACCCUGCACUUCAACGAAGUUGACACAAUUCGAUCCAAUCUCUUCGUCGCCACUGCAGACGGCAGAUAUGCCGCCGAAUCACGUUGAUACACCAGUUGUGCGGAGAGAGAGCCCUGCAAUUUGGGAAAUGGGCACGCAAAGAACACCAGGACCUAGUGCCCGUCCGAUUGCACCCUCUAUAUCUACACCAGGCGAUAUGAAAACACCCUUCCGAGGUCGUCCUCGGUUUAUGUUUUCUUCGGCUGCCAAACCUCCAAGCAGUCAAUCCGCCCCGAAAUUCAAACCGAGCACACCGGCUAUUUCACCACCAGAGAGGCGUAAACCGACGUUUGUUUUGCCUCGUUCUCCGUCACCUAAUCUCGACGCAGAGGACAUUCCUGCGCCGUUCUCCCCGACUUCGCGAACUCUGAGCCGACGGGGUCGAAAACGUGGCGCUGUCUCCUAUGUCCCCGGUGGAAUGGCCGCUCAGUUGCGCAGUUGGGUUUUGGAAAUGGGAGCGAAGCGUGAGCAAUUGCCCAAACCCACAUUGAUCCAGUCCACAAAAUCGGAAAGCAAAAUGCCUUCUUCCGAAGCUCUCGCAAAAUUUCUAGUUGCUGCGCGUGUCACUGGAAUCACUCACUCCAGAACCGCUGGUUGUGGCUCGAUAGCUUUUCUCCGAGCGGAACCUGUUGUCAAGCAGCAAGUACAAGAUAUUGAUGUGACUGACUAUCUUAACAUUCUCAUCAUGGGGCCACCGCGAUCAAAGCCUGACUUCUGCCAGAGUCCUUCCGACCUUAUACCUCAAAAUGGGGAUCUGAUUGGGAUACACCGAGGGCUCACCUGGACUUUGAGACUGGGAAGCCUUCCAGGUCAAGUUGAGGAUCACAACGGUUCCACUCAUCCGGCUCUGCCUGACGCUAUACCGGUCAAUGAGGAGAAUGUUGGGGCAAAAGAACCUUGGCUGGUAGCCAUGGAGUGGGACCUUGUUCGUGUGCCUUCCAAGUCAUGA